AUAAACAAAUAUGGCAGAUACAUAUUUGCUUUGAAUUGUCAGCAAAAUUUUUACAUUCAUUUGUUCAAAAACUCCAAAAUAUUUAUUGCAUAAGUUUCGUUAACUUACUUGCCGUGUGUAAAUAAACCAAACGUUGUGUUCCGUGCAGAAUAUUCGCAAUCGUUCACGUGUGAAAACUAUUUUAUAGAACAAAGUUCUGAGUGACUGUCCAUAAUAUAUUUUACACUAUUAUAGUUGUGUGAUAUUUCGCGUGUUGAUUAGCUUCGUUUAAAAGCGAUGCUCCGAAAAAUGAUCUCAAAAUGAAAAGGCGGUUUCGUCCAGCAGUUGGUGCGGUUGUAUCAGGAAAAAAAGGUAGUACUGAUGGUGCAGAGACAUCAAAUGAUUCAACUUCAACUCAGCCCACAAGAAGAGCCAGAAUUAAACCCAAAAUAUGCAUAUCUUCAUCAGCUACACAUACUUCAACUGGAAAAAUAGCAAACACUUGUCAACCAUCAAUUACUCCAAGGACAGUUAGGUCAAUAAAUAGCAAGAAUAGUGAUAAUCAACCUUCAGCUAAGAAUGGAUCUGGUAUCACACCGCCAAAUGCAGAUGGUGGUGAUGGUACCAGCAUGGUUACUGUGACGGCAAUGGUUCAUAGUGAGCCUGAACCAGACAAUCAACUGACUAAUAAUUCACAAUGCAGCGGUGUUAAUAAUUCAGCCCUCAACUGAUAAUACAGCACUAGUAUUUCAGGAGAAAAUCAGAAUGAUAAACAGACAGCCUCUGCUGGUGAAAACCAAGUAAUUCUAACAGAAACUGUUCACAGUAAGUCUCCAAGUAAAACUAGUGAUGGUGCAUCACUAGUGAGUGAAAAUAAUGGUAAGAAAUCUUUUAAUGGUGGUUCCAAAGAUACAGUAAGUGUUGAUGGUCAGCUUUCUACUGGUCAAUCCACCACAGAUUCCAGUAGCCCAGCUAGUACAUUACCAUCACCUAAUGAUGGUGGUAGUCAGAGUUCCAUUAGUAAUGAUGAAAAUAUGGUAGUUAAUGUGACCAAUCAAUCCUCAGCUGUUAAUAUGACUAGUACUUCACAAGUCAAUACAAGUAAUGGUGAUGGUGGUCAACUGUCAACCGGUUGUGUAGUAACAGCCUCUGGUACACCUGCUGUACCAGUAACUAGUCAGCUGUCAACUAACAUCAAUGUCACAUUGGUAGAUAAAAGCUCUGAUAGCCAACCUUCAAAUGAAAGUUGCCUAAAUGGUGGUGACAAAACUACUGUGAACCAAUGUACUACAACAGCAGGUCAGGUUAGCCAAACUCCAAGUGUUGCUAUGGUGAAAACUGCUUCAACACCUCAACAAGUAAGGCGGGCCCGCAUCAGACCAAAGGUCAGAAUUGCCACUUCGAAAACACCCGUAGAAAAAGCUCUUCCAUCUAAACAAAAUUUGCCAACACCGCAAUCAUUGAUCGAGAAAAGGGCAGCAAAUGUUUCCAAACAGACUUCAGGUAAUAGUCUGGAACAACGCGAAAAUACUGCCACCAUAGACACUGGGGAAAGGUCUAGUACCCUUCGUGAAUCAUUACGUAGUGGCGACAAAGAAUCUGAAGAGACGAACACUCGUAUUUCUGGUGAAACUACAAGUUCAAAAGACUCAGCAGACAGUUUUGAUGUUGACGGUUCGGCAAAUCCACCAUCGACAAGUACAAAUGGCUGCGUUCAAAGCACAAGCAAGCAGGCACCUUCCCAACUGACAAGAAGAUCCAGGAUUAAACCACGAGUCGGAAUAGUUGAUAGGCCAAGUGUUCAGAGUGCAAAAUCUCGGGGUAAACCAAGCGAUAAACCAUCGCUUGUAGCUACCACGGUUGUCACGGUGAAGGAUCCUGGACAACGACUGGCAAAUGAACAGACGAAGUCUGUUUCGGAGGAAACACGGAAUGCUGAACGAAACGAAUCUUCGAGUUCUAGUCGAGAUGUUGUAAAUAAACUGUCAGGGAGCAGGAUAAGAAAUGAACAAGGAUCUAGCGAACCUAGCGGUGUUGAAGACACUGGAACAAUCGAUGGAAAUGAAAGAUUAAACGAUAAUGAGAAGCGACCUGGGACACGAGACAGCAUCUCAAGUAGCAGGGAAUGCUGCUGAAGAAAAUAUUUCAUCCACUAGUGAAGAAUUAGGUGCUAAAGAACGACCUGGUGUUGUUAUGGGUGAUGCAAGCUCAAGUGUAGAACAAACCAGCCAUAUUCUUGAUCCUAAAGAUUUGAGCGGUUCUUUGCAGGAUGAUCUCAUUUCACCACAAUCAGACCAUGAAUCGGUUUCAAGAAUCCAUGGUUCUUCAGCUUCACCAAGUUGUUUGCCUGUCAUGAUGGAAGAUAGCACCAUUCUUCUUCGACCUAAUGUAACAAGCGUUGGGUUACCGUCAGGGUUGGGGGCCACCGAUACCCAGGAACUGUUGUAUAAUGUAGAGACGGCAGAUGAUCUGUUACAGUCCUUGUUGAAUGCAGAAAACGUUAGCUCCGGCCAUGUACCUGUGAGAAACAGUGGGACACCUCAGGAUACGAGUGGUGUUGGUACGACUGGGAACGCAACAACACAAGAUGUCCAUGGUGAUCCCAAUUCGUCCAUAGUUACCCCUUCACCUUGCGUUGGACAGGGGAAAGAUGCAACAGUUGAAAUUUCAACGCAAAACAAUCACGCUAAAUCUGUCAACCAAACCAGAACCGAGGCACCGACCAGUUCAAAUGAAACGGUUACUACCUCGCGACUUGUUACAAAGCGGCAGCGAGUCAGACCAAAAUCCAGACGGUCACAGCUACUUCAAACUCAAAUUCUGGAUAUCUCCUCGAUACCAAUUGCAAGUAAUAUUGAAAUUGAACAGGAGGUUAGCUCGAGUGGCAGUGGUGGCAUCGACCACCCGGUUUUGGAACUUCCAGUUGAUCUUCAGGAGGAUUCAACUCAAAGUCUUUCCAAAGCAAGCAAAACAUCAGGUGAAUGGGGGGAAAGAUUUCAGCAGAGACGGUCAAGGACUUCAAAAGUUGUUUUAUCUCGAAAACGUCCGGAAAGUUCUGGUGUGCAUAAGGGCAUUGGAAGUGGUACUGCUGGGGAUAAGACAGGUACGUCGAGGGGUACGAAUAGUUCAUCCGAUUCGGCUACAAUCGCUGGACGAAGUCAAUCCAGUGGAUCACAAGGAUUGUCAACUAGUGAUCCUCAGGAUAGUACAGGCAUUAUCAACGAAAUCACGGCAAUAGUCGUUGAUCCGAAAAACAGCGCUGCUGUGGAAACUGAAAAUAGUUUAUCUCAUACAAACGUGCAGGAUCUUUCCACGAAUGACCGCGUUGAAAUUGUUUUAGAAGUGACAGGAACUGCUCAAGGUUUUGCUAAUGUUGUGUGUGAGAGUGUUCAUGCAACGAACGAGUUGAAUCUGAACAAUGACGAGGAGAAACAAAGUAACGGCGACUGUCGGGGCGGCGAAAGUGUUUCAGAAAGAUCAAAUGCUUGCAAUAUUGACAGUUCAACAGACACCAGCUCCUCGCUGGGAAAUCUUAAAAGUAAAUCUAAAAGAAUACGUAGACAAAGAGCGUCUACUCCUCUUCAUGAUGUCCCACCCUUUGGAAUAAGUCUGACAAGUGAUGCAACACUUAGUCAAUCGCAGUCGGACACUACAGUAGCUUCAACUGGUACAGAUCAACUGCCUUCUAAUUCUUCCUCGUCCAACAUGCAAGACCUGUCGUUGAAUAUACCGGAAAGCGCCAUAGAAGAGGUUAUUCUGAACACAAAUGAACUUCUGCCUGGUAUGGGUGAGUGUCCAGAAUGUCCUGACCUCAUGUUUUGUCUAACAGCUGGUGAAGAUACAGUUGUUAGCGAAGGGACGCAAGAUCUAUCGCAGACACAACCCGGGACACUCGAGGAUAAUGUUGCAAAUGCAACAAGACGAACUUCAGCGGAGUUUGAAGAAGGGGACUCGUUGAAUGAUGCUGGUCGGAAGAAAACACAAACUACAAGAAGUGUUAACGAAAGCGCUGGGAAUGAUCAGACAAUUGUGAGUGGGUUAAGAGGAGAGAAUGAUACAGGUAACGGAAAAGGUUGUAGAGAGAACCGUAACGGAAGGGAGCUAUCACAAGGCAAAGAAAAGACAGAUAAUGAAACAACGGGAGGCAAUAGAGCAGCAAGCGAUAUUGAGUUGACCACAAGUGAGACGGUUUCUGGAAGGCAGUCUGAGGAAAAGCGAGGACGAACUGUCAGGUCUAAGCAAAGACCAAGGCCGAAUAUUCUGAGGAAGCGAAAGGCACGAGAGAAGAUACUUGAUAGUGAUGAAUCACUCGAUACAACUGGUGAUAACGGUGGAUCAGGACCGCAGGAUACGGGUGUACAAGAUGGGUCCAUAGGAGAUACUUCAUUGGGAGAUCUUAGUGCGCCAGAUGCGUCGCUAGGUGUCACUGGCGUACAAUCUGAUACUACUCAGGGUAAUGCUGGAUCCGAGGCGUUGCUUGAAGGAUCGACUCCUGAAGCUCCAAGCGAUCCCGUUCAAGAUGGUGCUAAAGCUAAACUAGGGUCGAGAAAACGACAAGGCAAGGCGAUAAAACCGAAAAUCCCAGCCAAAAGAGGCCGAAAGAAGGCUGUCGUGCAGGAGACUACGGAGGCUCAGGAUGAGAGUGGACUGGGGAUGAAUAUCGAAGCUUCAGAGGCUGACGAGAACUCGAUGCUUGGCACUGGUGCGGUGCAAGAUACGGAAGAAACGUCUCAGAAAAAGAAGAGAGGGCGUGCAAAAAGUUCCAAGAAAGUUCCUGAAGCCGAAAAUGAAACAGAGGCUUCUUCAGUGCCAAAAACACCUAAGAGAAGGAAGAAAAAUCAAAGUGGCAAUGCCAGUGGACAACAAGACACGGCUGUUAAUAUCGCCAGUAUGAAGAUUAGCGACAUGAUUUCGUACAAUCCAAUGACGAACCCUAUGACUUCUGACAAUGAAAACGACAACCAGACACAAUUUCUGGGCGGAUUAGGUUCGCAAGCCACUGCAGAGACUGUUUUACCUACGAAUGAAAACCAGCCCGACGAAAGCGCAGGCGGAGAAGAAAGGACGGACGUAUGUGCCCCGCGGGUUACCAUUGACGCUGACGGAAAUAUAGUACUGGAUGAAGAAAGUUUGUUUAUUGCGUCCACUCCUGUCGCAGAUAAUUUGAACAAGGAAGUCGUGGUUGAAAACGCGAAUCAACAAUACAACGCUAUCCACAAGAGGAAAAACAGCGAAAGAUGGGGGAAAGAAGAAACGCUGUAUUUCUAUGAAGUUUUGAGUCAAAUUGGAACUGACUUUAGUCUAAUGGCAAAGCUCUUUCCCAAGAGGAACCGUACGGCAUUGAAGAAAAAGUUCAAACGGGAAGAGAGAACAAAUCGAGACUUGAUCGAUAAAGCUCUAAAUCAAAGGAUUCCUUUGGCAGCAUCGUUGUUCGAAGAGUGUUUAGAGGAGACAGAGGAAGAGAUGGAACGAGCUCUUAUUGUUCAGUCGACAGCUGAGGCCGCGGCUCAGGCCUGAACUAAGUUGUUUCAGAGUUUUACCCACCGUGAGAGAAUGUUUGCGUGAGGCUGUAAUAGAGCUGGCGAUUAACUUCAUUUGCGAAUGGUCGUAUUAAAGGAGUGUUUUGUUGUGUUCAUGGAUGCAAGUGCAGUAAGUACAGAAUGUAUUUGAUCAACUCACAUCAACUUUAUGAGAACUUUGCUUCAUAUUUUUCUUUGCCCUGGGAGGUAUGUUCACCAAACGUUCAUGCAACUUAGUUGUUUUACCUGGGAUAAUGAUUUGUAAUCAUUUAUCUUUGUGGACAUACCGUGUGAAUGUCUUAACAUGAAACGUGUUUAAAUUGUGUGUUUAUGACUGCCGUCUUUAUUUUUACGGCGUCAUUCGAAACACUCUCACCUGACUUUGUUUCAUAUGCCUACAUUAUCAGACUAGGCAUAUGAGUUUUAUGAAAUAUGGGGAACAGGCGUGGGGAUCUAUUAUUUGAUAACUUCACAAGUUUUUUUAAAACUGUUCGGAC